CUGUUAAUCAUAUGUAAAUUCAAUAAGCAGUUCAAACAUUUGAAGCUUCUAUCAUAUUAGUACCUCUAAACUAGGACCAUACUUGUUUUUAUUGAUCAAUUAUAUCUUCCAGAUUUUACUCAUCCUGAAAAUUAGUACAUGUAAAAUCUGUAAUCUGCAACUUUUUUAUUUCAACUAAUUUACACAUGAAAACUUAUAUUAUGUGUACUUGGCAGAUUCAUGGCAUUAACAAUAUGUAGAUUUGUACUAUGCCCAAUGAAACAUACCUAUUGCAUCUAUUGCUAUGAUAAUGUUCAUAAUAUAUGUAUAAAAUAUAGUUUUGUUGAUUUUUAAAGUUACAUGCAUGAUAAUGUAAAGCACACAUGAUUGAUAGAGUUAAAAUAUAGCACUAGUUAUGUUACCAAUAAUUUAAAGUUUUACAAGGAUCAUGGUAUAUAAGGCUAUGACAUCACCACAGCACAACACAGAGAGAUGGAAACAGCUGUUAAUUAAAUGAUCACAACAAUUUUCUUUUUAACAAUCCCUUUAUUUUGGACACAUCUUAAAAUCUCACUGUGUUCGGUAGAUUAGGUAUUACAUAAUUGAAUAAACAAACACAUAGUAAAUAACAUACAGAAUUCUAAGAUUUGAAUAACAAAUAAAUAAUGGUACCAACUAAAAAUACACAACUUAUAAGACACCAGAAAGUCAAGUAUCUAAAAGCUCUUUAAAUAAUCAGUUGGACAUGGAAUAUUAUCAUGUUAGUGAUUAUUUUUAUCAGUUAUCAAGGAGAUAUGGUGUAGAGUUCCAUAUUCUUGUCAAAUGAUCCAUAACUAAACACAAAUGUUGUUGUUGUGAAAGUGUAGCAAAAGUGAAUGUUUAAUGUGUAAAAGAAUGGAAGUCCCAUCGGACAUUUCCCAGUUAGAAGCUCCGGUGUUCACGACACUACAGCGAGGGCCUCCAGAACCGAUGCUGAGGCUUGACUGGAGUCACCGCGCCACCCUCAUCGGCGAGAAGGUCCUCAACCCCAUGAUAUAUUGCUGUGAUAUAUGCUCGAAGCCUAUACUCAUAUAUGGACGAAUGAUACCAUGUAAACAUGUGUUUUGUCUGUCAUGUGCUAGAGCUGAGCACACACACUGCCCAAGAUGUAGAGAAAAGGUUCUAAGAGUUGAACAAACUGGAUUAGGCACAGUAUUUAUGUGCACCCACUCAGGGACGAGAUAUGGCAACACAGGCUGUAGAAGAACUUAUUUAUCACAGAGAGAUCUACAAGCUCACAUCAACCACAGACACGUCUCUUCAGGGGCAGUUGAAAACAAACCUGAACCGGAACCGUCGUCAAGUGCCGUUGCUAUUGUUAAACCGUUACCUCAGCUGUCAGCGUCUGCCAACGACCCCCGCGGCGGUCACGCACACCCCCACAGCCACGCGCACGCGGCGGGCGAGCGGCCGCGCGCCAGGACCAACCUCAUCACUGUGCCCAUACAGGACCAGACCGACAACCAACACUACUACAACUAUUACCCUCCACCGUCAGGCCCGGUGGCCCCGCCGUCGGUGGCAGUACUGGCGCACAGUAUGAGCGUCCCGCCGCCCACGUACUACGCGCCCGCGCCGCCGUACUCCGCGCCACCCACCUACGGACAACCCGCGGGCGGCAGCCUGCCGUCGAGCGCGUCGGGGCUGGCGGCGGGGCUGGCGGGGCUGGGCGGCGAGGCGCGCUGGGCGGAGGGCUACAGCCCCGCGCUGCCCGUGCCGCAGUGGCCCGCGCAGCACCACUACUACAGGUAGCGCCGUGCGCAACACGCGAGGGACACCUGCUAGGCGCGCCAGCGACGGGUCUGUGACUACCUUACAAACUAGUGACUGUGAAAGUUACAAUUGUUUCAAACGAGGACCUAUAAGCAGUUUGUACUGUAGUACUGAGAACUGUAGGCAGCAUAUUAUUAUAACUUUGUAGUAACACAUAUAUGUAAGUUAUGGAUAUUUGCCACUAGAGGUCAGUGGCAUAACUGCACUUGCUACAUAUCCAUCCGUUCAUGGACCAUCAGCUGUUUCAUAUGAAUUUAUAGUCAGCUACUAUAAGUAAUAAACUAGCAAUUGUUGUAAAUUACUACUGGCUUCUUACUUGAAAAGCCUUGUAUCCACUUGAGCAUGCUCGGGCGAAUAAGCGGCUCAUUUGGCCGAACAUGCUCAAGUGGAUACGAGGCUUAAGGAGGUUUCACAUAAAGCUACAAAUAUUAGUGUUCAGAAAAGAACACAAUAAUUGGAUGUUACUGGGAUAGAUUAGGCUUUUAAAUGGAAUGACGCUGUCAAAUCGCAUUUUAACAAUAGGUUAAGAUUUAUUACAGACUUUGUGUACACUACCUAUAGAAAAUUAGAAUACAGUUCUAGUGUUAAAAGAGUUUUUUUAUCAAAAAGUAGUACAAUGUUUUGUGCCGACUAACCAUUUACAUAUUUUCAUGUAUGCUUAACCUUUUGUUUCCAAUUUCUUGGCUCUUGCUAUUUUUUGACCAAAAACAAACUGUUUGAAAAACUAUUCAUCAUGAUUAACAUUAACUUCAUUUCUAAGCUAUGCUAUAACUUUUAAAGGCCUAGUAGUUAUGCACAGAGGUAAUUUAAGCUCAAAACAUUGUUGUUUGUAUUCAACAUUAGAUACGACAUUUUAAAUCCCACUUGUUUACAAGCAUCAUAACAAUAUAAUAAGUAGAAGCACAAAAAAUGUAACUUAAGAAUAACCACGGCAGCGUCAUCCCCUUAAAGCUCAAUAAAAUAAUAGUGCUAAUGGUAUAACUUGGCAAAUCUGAAAAUAAUAAAGUAAGAGUGAGAAUACUUUUUAACAGUGUGUGUGACAGAGACAAGGAUAUGAAUUGGCCCUUUUGGAUGCCCUAAGUUAUACCGUUCGUCCUGUGCCUACCUAGUUAUAAAUAGGCUGUAAUUUUAUAUGUUGUAGUAAUUUUAUCACACAAGUGGUAUAAUCUCAUAUUGUACAUACAAGUCACAAUGUUUACUAGAUUUUAACAGAUUUUUAAACUAUAUUUUUCAUCUGAUCGUCCUGUACUUUAAUAUUCAGUGAACUUGAUCCCUCAAAGUUGGCGUUUCGUGGAGUGAGUAAGAUGCGAAUACAUAUGAACAGUGAAGUGACAAAGAGAUGGCUAUUUUUCACAAAACUUGAGGGGUUAAGCUUAACUGUCGAGCAAUAUUGAUAUCAAUGUAUUAUAGAAUAUAUUUACAUUUGAAAUUGAUUAUUGAUUUAUAACAAGCUAGUCCGGCGUCCAGAUGCAAGCGUCAUUUUUACGAUAGCCUUUAAUUGUAAAAAUGCCACUUGUCUAGACUGUAGGUGACUGGCUUUUAUAUUAUGGUGCAAUUUAAUUGACAUUACAUUUCAUAAUUCAGUUGUGGAGCUAAGGACGAAUUUUAUUUCUCAUGAAUGUAAUAUAACUAUUGGAUGACUGAAAUUGGUAUCGUAAGUUACGUAUAGGUAACCUAGAUAAAGAACAUAAUUUUAAUUAAACUACACUAUGAAAUAAGUACUAAACUUAUGUGACCUACUUUUUUAAACAGUUAAUAUUAAUACAUAUGUACUCAAACUAACUUGUAAAAGAUCAUUGUCUGUGAAUUAGCUCCCUAACAUUAAAAACAGUACGGCGGAUCAUAAAUUGGGCUUUGUAAAUCCGCUACGAGUUAGGCAUCCUGAACUUUGAUAUGUGUAUGUAUUUGUAUGUCUACUGUGUCCAAUUAAAAUGUAAUUUUAAUACUAUCAAUGUCCGUAUUCUAUUGAUCUGAAACACGAAUAUUGUAAAAUACGAGAUAAUAAAAAAAUAAAACGUAAAAAAGUGA